AUGUCACUUCUAGACUCCAAUUUUUGUGCUCCGCCGUAUCUAGAUGGAAAUGUGCUCUCAGUAUGUUUGGUCAAUGUCGUCGAAACGUCAACACUGCUAAUUGUGUCGUUGGUGGUCACGCUUGUAUGGUAUUAUUCCUUCCGAAAAUCUCAGAAUGCAUUGUCUGCUGAACGGCAGCCUCUUCUAAAUGGGGACGACGCACAUAUCUCACUGCCAGCUCAACAGAGUCAUACAAGCUUCUUCUUGUUGCUCGCUACAAAAAUAUUCUCGUCGCUGAUACUAGUUACAUGUCUGAUCGACUUGGGCAUCGACUUGUAUCAUGCGACUCAUCCAGAUCUACCUGCCAAUGUAGUGCAACAGCCUUCUGAAGCUGCUGCUGAUCUACUAAUGAGUUUCGCGUGGUUGAUCUCAACCACUCUUCUCUUCUUCUUAUCGGCAUUGGUCACGGACGGCGUGCCAUCAGCACGCGAUCUACGGCCACUACCAUCUGGGCUCAUCGUGUAUUACGUGAUAGCACUAUUAGCAGAAACUCUUCCCCUGUAUAAUUGGAUUAUCUUGUGGCUUCAGCGUAAUUCCUUAGUAGGACUUGAUUAUGUUUUCAUGGGCGUGUUUGCCGCUAGAUACGUCUUCAUUGUGGGGAUCUUGCUUGCCAGUGUAUCACACUCUGUGUCAGAAGCAAGGACUAGAAGGAGGCAACGUGAUGCUGAAGCUAAUGCCCAAGGCAAUAGCACUACACCAAAAACAGGAUGGGCUGACGUACUGAAAAAGAUUCAGAAACUGUUUCCGUUCUUGUGGCCGGACUCGCUCUAUCUGCAACUGAUGGUUCUGUCGUGCUUCCUCCUUCUUGGUCUUGGUCGAGUCGUGAAUGUGCUUGUUCCUUUCAAUUACAAGGCCGUUGUCGAUGCGUUAACCCCAGGUGGUAGUGACGAAGCCGGCGACAAGACGCCGUAUUUUGCAUGGGGUUUGAUUCUUGUCUUUGUUGGCCUGAGAUUCCUCCAAGGAGGCGUGGGAGUUCUGAGCAGUUUGCAAUCAUAUCUGUGGAUUCCCGUCGCCCAAUACACAACUCGAAAGAUUUCAGUCAAGAUGCUAGAUCAUCUACACUCAUUAUCGUUACAGUACCAUCUGAACCGAAAGACUGGUGAACUACUUCGUAUCAUGGAUCGCGGUGUGAACAGUAUAGGGAGCUUGUUGUCAUACCUACUUUUCAAUAUUGUGCCUGUUUUCGUAGACAUCCUUGUAGCUGUAAUUUUCUUCAUUUGGCAGUUUGGAUUUUGGUUUGGUGCCAUUGUCUUUGUUACAAUGACGUUAUACAUCGUAUUUACCAUCGCCAUAACUGAAUGGAGAGCAAAAUUCAGGCGAGAAAUGAUUGAGCUUGAUAAUGCCUCACGUACCAGAGCCGUAGAUUCGCUCCUCAAUUACGAGACUGUCAAAUACUACGGUGCAGAGAAAAGGGAAGUGGCUCUCUUUGACGAAGCCAUGAUCAAGUUCAUGAAGGCUGAUUUUGUGUCGAGUGCAUCACUAAACAUUUUGAAUACGGCUCAAAAUCUCAUAAUUACGUUGGGGUUGCUGGUGGGAUGUUUGUUGUGUGCAAAAGAGGUUGCUGAUGGACUGUUGAGUACUGGAGACUUUGUGAUGUUUUUGACAUAUAUUACUCAGCUAUAUGUACCACUCAACUGGUUUGGAACAUACUAUCGGGUUAUCCAACAAAACUUCAUCGACAUGGAAAAGAUGCUGGAGCUUUUUGAAGAGAAUGCUUCUGUGCAAGACACACUUGGCGCUACCCCUCUUCAAAUACGAGGAGGAGCCAAAGUCGUCUUUGAAAAUGUCUCGUUUAGUUAUGAUCCUCGUCAACCUGUUAUUCGAGGCAUCUCAUUCGAGGUCCCAUCUGGCAAAACCGUUGCCAUAGUUGGUCCAACAGGCGCUGGAAAGAGCUCUCUGCUUAGACUUCUUUUCCGCUUUUAUGACACAACUGAGGGCCGCAUCACUAUUGAUGGACAAGACAUACGAAAUGUUACUCAGACAAGUUUGAGACAAGCUAUAGGAGUUGUGCCUCAAGACUCGGUACUCUUCAACAAUACGAUAAAGUAUAAUAUCGAAUAUGGACGUCCCACAGCUUCCGAAGCUGAAGUGGAGCAGGCUGCUCAAGCUGCUCAGAUACAUGAAAAGAUUCAAGGGUUUGUGGAUGGUUAUAAUACCAAAGUUGGAGAAAGAGGGCUGCGUCUAAGUGGAGGCGAGAAGCAGAGGGUGGCUAUAGCUAGGACCAUUCUGAAGAAUCCUGCAAUUACUUUGGUGAUUGCUCAUAGACUCUCAACAAUUGUCGACGCAGACGAAAUCCUCGUCCUCAAAGAAGGAAGGAUUGUUGAACGCGGUACGCAUCAGCAACUACUCGCUCGUGGUGAAGCUAGAUUAGCUCGUCUCGCAUCAUCAAAAGCAGCUGCCGAUAAAGUACCAGCUUCUGAAUAUGAAGGAGAGGGUACAUACUUUGAGAUGUGGACUAAACAACUGGAAUCUGAAAGGGCUAUCAAUGACAGUACUGGUGCUGAAGGGUUGGUGCAUCGACCUGUUGCAACAUUCAAUUCGGGUGGUAAACCACCCGCGAAGCCUGCAGCGGGACGUGGUAAUGGGUCUGAUGCCAACUAUCAUUCUACUGGUGGAAGUGGUGGUGGUGCCUUCCAUUAA